AUGUCGUCGACUAAGCGGAAAGCACCGCCGGUGCGCAUUGCCCAACCGCAGACGACGCGGAACGCGAAACCCAUGGCCAAGACACGCAUCAACGAGCCCAGAACAGCGGUCGUCUCUGUCCCGAAGCACCAGCAAAAGGCGAAGCUGGCCGCCGGCGAGUCGAUUGAUAUCUCCAGCGACGAAUCCGACGACGAGGCCGCCGACGUGGACGGGGACGAGGACGAGCUGAUGGACGACGAUGCGCCGGUGGACGCCGCCGCUGACGAGCCGCAGACCAACGGCCACAAAGGUACGACGAACAACGAGGACGACGACGAGAACAACGACGACGACGACGACGACGAGGACCACGAGCCCACGUUUGGCGACCUCGUCCGCGAGCACGAGACCGUCGAUGUCGCCGCCGCCCUGAGCCAGCUCAACCCGGCCGAGGAGCCCGCCGACGCAAACGCGAACGGCCGCGCCAAAACCAACACCGCCGUGGCGGCCGCCCCCACGCUGGCCUCGCUCGGCCACCUCCUCAAUGCCGCGCUGCGCUCCGGCGACGACGCCAACCUCGAAGUCUGCUUCAACACCACCACCGACGCCGUCUGGAUCCGCAACACCAUCCAGCGCCUCGACCCCUCGCUGGCCGGCGCCCUGCUGCAGAAGCUGGCCGCCCGCAUCCACCGCCGGCCCGGCCGUGCGCACACACUCGUCGGCUGGGUGCAGUGGACCCUCAUCACGCACGGCGGCGCGCUGCUGGCGAACCAGGCGGGCGUGACGCGUGCGCUGCAGGAGCUGCACCGCGUGCUGGAGGAGCGCGCGCGGGGCCUCAACAGCCUGUUGCUGCUCAAGGGCAAGCUGGACAUGCUGGAGGCGCAGAUGCAGCUGCGGCGGGUGCAGCGGGCGGGCGCCCAUGCGGUAGCCGGCGGCGGCGGCGGCCACAGCGGUGUGGCCACAGUCGGCGGCCGGUCUGGCAGUAGCAAGGCGCUGGACGGUGUGAACGGCCUGGGCCGCGCGCGAGGUGCUGGUGGCCGGAGACGCAACGGCGCCGGCCUGGGCCGCGGGGCACGGGACGUGGACGACGACGAGGAGUUUGUGGCCACGUACCGCGAGGAGGACGAUGUGGAGGAGGAGGACGAGGCGGGCCAGAUCCUGGUCAACGGCGCUGGCGCUGCCAGUGAGUCGUUUAUUGCGGAGUCGGAUGAGGAGGCGCUCGACGACGAUGACGACGAUGAGGACAGCGAGGGCGACGAGAAUGACGACGCGGAGGAUGACGAUGACCUCGAAGAGAUGGACGACGACGCUGCCGAGGAGGGCGAGGUCGACUUUGACGACGUUGAUGACGAAGACGACGAUGACGAGGACGAGGACGAGGACGAUGCCGCUGCUGCACCGCCUCCCAAGCUGCAGAAGAAGUCGGGUGCUGCUUUCUCGAAGCGGAGGUGA